AUGGACGGUCCCGCAAGGGAGGACCUGCAAGAACCGCAGAUCGUAAGGUGUCAGCAGAAUGGAGAAGGGACGACAGCGCUCAAUAGUUUGAAUCAGUCGCUCAGCGCCCUUCAAGUGCCGGCCGAGGAAGACGAUUGGGCGUUGACGCGCCUCGAUUGGGAUCAUGAUCAGGGCUCAGUAGGAGCUGCGGACACGGACGCCGAGAAGAGUGCUUCGGCAAUGGAGGAAGAAAAUGAAACGCCAACUUCACUAGCGAAACUCAUCCAAGGGACAGAAUCCGAAACAGACGUCAGGAGAAGGCCCUCAGAGAGCAGAACCGGAAUCGAAACCUCGACAGGACGGAAGGACGAGCCUCAAAGAUAUCGCACGCCCCCAAUCGCCAUUGUGGAGCAGAAGCGGAACGCGGGACGCCAAAAGCGGGAUGUCCCGGGGCCCGAAGAGCGGAACAGAACGGGCACGAAGCUACGUACGAAAGGAGAGCGGAACCAUGACGGAGCCGCAAAUUCCGCAAGGCCGACCGGCUCUCCCAGCGGAAUACUGUGCGAACAGCGAAAACGGAACGGGGACGCGCAGACGAAGCUACUCCCUUGGGCGCAGGCGAGCCCGUCGGAGAUUCGCUCUCGAACGUCAUUGAAGAGCGAAACCGAAACAUCGGUCGGUCCGAGAAGGCUCUUAAGAGACGCGCAGAGCGGAACAAGACCCGUGCAAAGUCCUCAUGGAGACGUGAACGGAAACAGAACGGACCCGCAGAAAGACGAAGUCGGGCUCAUCGGUGCGAAAAGAGGUGCUGGGACACCAAAUGUGAACAGCUGGAUCGGAACCCGAACCCGGAACGGGACGCAACAGAACGCAACGGAACAGUCCCUUUGGCAUGCCGCUGAGGGCAGCCCAACGGAGGAGCUGGAUCCGUGGGCGGGGUGUGGAAACGCAACGCCGCCACCCCAACGGAGCUUUUAG